CAACCGGAAGCAGGAACAACAACAUCAGCGUGAGGAUGCUGCUACAGCUGUGACAGUUUAACUUUUUAUUUAGAUAAACAAACACAACGAUGACUUCCAUCAUAAAGGAAACACAAAGAGAUCUGGUGGUGGAGACAUUUCUUGUCACUCAUGUGCAUUAUGUUCAGAGUUCUGCUCAACCCCCUACACACCUGAAGGAGAGAAAAUGUCUCCUUACAGAUGGGAACAUCAGUGACCUGCAGUCGGUUAGAAUGUAUUGCUUUAAGUUACAGCAUUAAAGAAGCGGUGAAUUUCAUCAACACAAUUGAUGUGAACAAGUUCUCCAGGCUGCUGUCCCGCAUCAUACAAAAGCUUCACGUGAAGGCGGAACGAACAUUCAGUGAAGAAGAGGAACAAAAGCUCCAAGCUGCUCUGUCAUUGGAAAAACAUGCUCUUAACUUGGUCCUGGAAACAGCUGCCUUUAUUCUGGAGCAGGCAGCGUAUCAUAACAUAAAGCCGGCUGCUCUGCAGCAGCACCUUGAGGAGAUCCAUCUAAACUCAGAUAAAGCUGAGGUGUUUUCUCAAUCCUGGGCCUCUGCUGGACCUGAGCUGGUGGAGAAGCUGAAGCGAAACACCUUUGCCCCUAAGAAGCUGGACUUUGUCAGCUGGCAGCUGAACCUGCAGAUGGCCCAGUCCAGCCAGGCCCGUCUGAAGUCGCCCAGUGCCGUCCUCCAGCUGGGGGUCCGUAAUGAAGAUUCCGAGGUUCAGGAAAACAUCUUGGUUGAAUUUAACCACGAGCAGCUUCUUGAGUUCUACAAUAAGCUUGAAAUUGUGCAGGCCCAGUUGGAUUCCCUGACUUGAUGCCUGGUGCUCUGCGCACAGCCAUGCCCACACAAACAACAUAUUGUUAUUGUUGAUGCUGACAGCUGGGCCAGCUGUCAGAGGCCAAGCAGUUCCAGUACUGCUCUGAUUUAGUACAAAAAAUGUCAAACAUGAGAGAAUAAGUUUCUGUCUGUGUUGGAAGUUUUUUUUUCAGUCUGCUGUCAUUACUGGGAGUUCAGGGUGACAAAAUUGGUUGUUUUUUUAUUUUUAUAUUUGGAAAUUUAAUUGUACCUAAUCAAUUUUACUUUUUUUUCUACUGCAUGUAGAGAGCGACUUAAUGCUCCAUUGUUCUAAACAUUACCUACAGUGAGAUCUUUCAGAGUAAAAGUGCCAUUUCUCAAUUGUCUUAAACUUUGUAUAGACAGAAAUGUUUCACAUUUAAGAGUGACCUUCAUUUAUUGUUGUUGUAUUAAACUGUGACUUGGAAAUGAAA